AUGGGUAUGGGCGAUGUUAUUACGAGCCUCCCCGAAGAAAUAGCUCGUGAAUGCUUGCUGAGAGUGCCGUACAAAUGCCAUCCGAAUCUUAUGUCAGUAUGCAGAAAGUGGGAAGCUGUUGUCAAGAGCCCUCGGUUCUAUCAGGACAGAAAACGUUUUGGCUUGAAACAGCAAUUCCUAUGUUUGGCUGCCACUCUUCCCGCAGACAACAGAAAGGAACACGGUAAGCGUGUUCGAAGAAUAUGUGCAUAUGACCUUGUAGACGAAAGUUGCGAAACCCUCCCUCCAAUUCCUGAUUUUCCGGAUGGGAUUCCGCACUUGUCACAUCUCCUCUCGACGCCCACCGAAAAACUUGUGGUCAUGGGUGGAUGGCAUCCACUUACUUGGCAAUCACUAACGACUGUGUUUGUUUAUGAAUUUUCGUCGGCGCAAUGGCGGCGCGGAGUAGAUAUGCCCACCGUUCGAUCCUUAUUUUCGUGCUCUUGUUCUUCGUCUUCUCUAAUCUAUGUCACAGGAGGUCACGACGACGACAAAAAAGCUCUGCGGUCUGCAGAAGUUUAUGAUGUGGAGCACGACCGGUGGGAUGUUCUCCCUGACAUGAAGGAGGAGAGAGAUGAGUGUGCAAGCGUUUUUAUUGAUGAAAAAUUGUUUGUGAUGAGCGGGUACACAACAGAGACGCAGGGUCGAUUCGAGGGUAGCGCACAAGUUUUCGAUCCCAACACUCGCAUUUGGAACAGGGUAGAAGAUAUGUGGACUCUUCCACAAAGAUCCCUGAGACUUUGUGUAUUUGCUUUUGGGCGCUUGUAUUCUUUUACCACACGCCAUGUCAUGCAAUAUGACGUAGUGAAAAAUCAGUGGGUAGUUGUCUGCGCCUUGCCUGAAUCCUUAUGUGCUGUAACUUGUGUGACGGCGUGUUACAACGGGAUACUUGUUGCUGGUUCUACUGCGGGUGGCGAUGAGAAGAGUAUUUGUUUUAUGUAUAAUCCUGUAAAUGAAGAGUGGAAAACACUUGAAACACCGACAAAUUUACAAGGCUUUAUUCAAUCUGCUGCUGCUGUGGAGAUCUGA